UCGUGUCAGAAGUCAGAGAGUUACAAAAUCUUGAAAAUAGCCAUCGUUCCGUCAGUUGCGAAGAAAAAUCUCCGUCGAAAAGCGUAUUUUUCCGUUCGUAUCAUCAGAAAAACGCUGCGCCGCGAUUGUGAAAAAAAGAAGUACUGAUACUGCUGUUCUGUUGUCUCAGUGAUAAAGUGCGAGACGUGAAAAACGGUGGAUAUAUUUUGUGUGAAUUUGUACAACUUCGGGUAGCCUGAUUAGUGUAUUAAAAGAAAACCCUCCAGCUUACGGAUAAACGAGUACCCAAGCAGGAAAUGUCUGCAUCCGCAAUGAGCCCCGAAUAUGAUUAUCUUUUCAAACUGCUCCUGAUCGGCGAUUCGGGUGUUGGAAAGUCUUGCCUGCUUCUAAGAUUUGCGGACGACACAUACACGGAGAGCUACAUCAGUACCAUUGGUGUCGAUUUUAAAAUUAGAACAAUUGAUCUGGAUGGCAAAACAAUCAAACUGCAAAUUUGGGAUACCGCCGGCCAGGAGCGCUUCCGUACGAUAACCUCCUCGUAUUACCGGGGAGCACAUGGCAUCAUCGUGGUGUACGACUGCACCGACCAGGAGUCAUUCAACAAUGUGAAACAAUGGCUGGAGGAGAUCGAACGCUACGCCUGCGAGAACGUUAAUAAGCUGCUGGUUGGCAACAAGUGUGAUCUGCAGACGAAGAAAGUGGUCGAUACGACUACGGCUAUGGAAUAUGCGAAUCAACUCGGCAUUCCAUUCCUGGAGACGUCCGCGAAGAACGCAACUAAUGUAGAACAAGCAUUCAUGACGAUGGCGGCGGAAAUUAAAAAUCGCGUCGGGCCACCAUCGAGCGCAGCGGAGGCGCCCAGUGCCGUCAAGAUCGACAAGGGCCGCAACGUUGAGGCAAAGUCGGGUUGCUGCUGAACAGGUUCUCGAUCAGAAGCUAUUACUAAUAUACUACAUUUCGUUCGUUUCGUGCGUUUUGUUUCUCUUGUAAAUUUUCCCUCUAGAAAAAAAACAAACACAUGAGUAUAUGAGAAACUUCGCAUCAAGAUUCUUCUGUUACUCUCCCUCCUAGACCUACACAGUGAUUGUGCACUAUUCUACUAACGUAUUAUUAAAAAGAUACAACAGUAUGUUGCUGCUACUGUACCAAUAUCGAAAAUUUCACAAAUUUACAUUCUCUUACAUUCAGCCAGAUUGAACGCAUAUUGAUUCUACAACCACAGCAGAAUUGAUAACCUGUUUAGUAACACGAUUCAAGCCUAAAUCUAAAUCUUUAGAAGAUCUAUAAGGCAGAAAAAAAGUAUAAAGAUACACGCAGAAGGGAACGAUUGUGGAAGGUGAAAAUAAAAGCUAGCAUAAGAAAAAUAUUCAUUAGAGGAAAUACUUUUACUAGAGCGAACCAACCAAGGAAUAAAGGUAUGAAAAUUAACUGAAAAACCAUUGGCAGGUGAUCGUCUGUAUUGGAUACGAGAUAAAAAAAUAACUAGGUGAAGCACAUUGAAGUACGCAAGAUGCAAGGAAGCGAUAUAAAUAAACUAGUAAAGCAACAGUGCAUUACCAGCCGGAA